AUGAAUAUAUACAAAUACAUUGAAUCUUGCACAAAAAUUAAUACAGAUCGAGAAGUAGAUAACAUAGAAUGGCUUUCUGUACCUAAAAUUGAAAAUAUAAAUCUUUUAAAUAAGAGAAAUUUACCAUAUUGUUUGGAGUCAGAAAAAGGCUUCUAUGUCGAGUCACACAUGGAUAAUCUCGAUGAAAUAGAGCACCAAAGUGACGGAGACAUAAGUGAACAGAGAUAUCAAUUUGCAGAUAUUAGAGCUAGCGUUCGAGAGGUUGGACUAGGAUGGAACAUAUUCAAUAUCAUUGAAAAACGUUACAGAGAAUCUCAAGAAAGAUAUACAGAAAAAAGUUUAGAUAAAAGUAGCAGUGAAUCCGAUUGUUCAUAUACCACUGCAUACUCUGUUUUAUCGAAUGAUUCAUAUUCAACUGCAAUAGAUGAAAUUGAGUAUCCCAGAAGAGCUAGCUCUAGUGCCGAUAUUAAAAGUGAAAUUUUAAUUGACAGUAGCAUAGAUAAAAGACGAUACAGAAAAAAUGCUUUAAUGACAAGAUUAUUGCAGAGUGCUGAAAAUAAUUUAUCAUAUUGUGAUCAAAUACUUAUUGAUUAUUCAACUGAUAAAUGUGAUACAUCUAAUUUAAUCCAUGAUGUUUGCAACAAAAAAACGGAGAACAAAAAUAUUAGUUAUGAGAAAUUAGAAAGUAAUAACAGUGAUAAAAACACGUAUGAAGAUAAUGUACUCAGAUUAUUUCAGAGCAAAGAAGAUGAAGAUGUGUAUGUUCAUCCUUUGAGAGAACAAAUUCAAAACGAUCAUGUAUGGCAAGAGUUUCGUUUAUCCAGAAAAGGGAUUGUAACUACUGAGACUGCUAGACAAUAUUAUAUGAAUCUUUCUGAAGAUCAAUUUGCAGUUUUCGAGCAAAUAGAUAGUAAAAAGAAAUCUAGCAAUAGAAGGAAAGUUAAAAAUUAUAUAACCACAGGUAGAGAGUAAUUAUGUAAUUUAAGUUUCUUAAAAGUAACCUGUUGUGUUUUCAAAUUAGAUUGCAAAGUUAUGUAUUCUUGUAUCUUAUUAGAAUAUUUUUUUUAUUGGGUCAUUAAUAUUUUUAUUAAAUAAAUUAUUUUUACUGCAACUGCACUUGUAAUUAAGAGAAAUAUUGCUGAUACAUAUUUUUUAAACGGUUUUAGAAACAGGAAGAUAUGUUCUGCAUUUUUAUUUUAUUAACCAUACAUCUAUACUGAAUUUAUCAAAUUUGAAAAACAUAUUCCAUUAGCUUUCUCAAUUGAUAAAAAGUAGUUAUUAAUCAAAUUAAAAA